CCGGCCGGCCCGCGGCCCCGAACCAGCCGAUGCCCGAGGCCGGGGAACUGGAGGAGAGAUUUAACCGGGUCCUGAACUGCAUGAACCUGCCUCCAGACAAGGUCCAGCUACUGAGCCAGUAUGACAACGAGAAGAAGUGGGAGCUCAUCUGUGACCAGGAGCGGUUUCAAGUCAAGAACCCCCCUGCAGCCUACAUCCAGAAGCUGAAGAGCUACCUGGACACUGGUGGGGUCAGCCGUAAGUUUAAGAGGAGGGUUCAGGAGUCUACGCAGGUGCUGCGGGAGCUGGAGACCUCCCUGAGGACAAACCACAUUGGGUGGGUCCAGGAGUUCCUCAACGAGGAGAACCGCGGCCUGGAUGUGCUCCUUGAGUACCUGGCCUUUGCCCAGUGCUCCGUCACGUAUGACAUGGAGAGCACAGACAACGGGGCCCCUAACUCGGAGAAGAGCAAGCCCUUGGAGCAGUCGGUGGAAGAUCUCAGCAAGGGCCCGCCCUCAUCUGGGCCUAGAAGCCGCCACCUGACUGUCAAAUGUCCCCCUUCUCCCCGGCUUACCCCAGCCCACAGCAGAAAGGCCCUGCGGAAUUCCCGCAUUGUCAGCCAGAAGGACGACGUCCAUGUCUGCAUCAUGUGCUUGCGCGCCAUCAUGAACUACCAGUCUGGCUUCAGCCUCGUCAUGAACCACCCAGCCUGUGUCAAUGAGAUUGCUCUGAGUCUCAAUAACAAGAACCCAAGAACCAAGGCUCUGGUUUUGGAACUGCUGGCGGCUGUGUGCCUGGUACGGGGAGGACAUGACAUCAUCCUUGCAGCCUUUGACAACUUCAAGGAGGUGUGUGGGGAGCAGCACCGCUUUGAAAAGCUGAUGGAAUAUUUCCGGAAUGAGGACAGCAAUAUCGACUUCAUGGUGGCCUGCAUGCAGUUCAUCAACAUUGUGGUCCACUCGGUGGAGAACAUGAACUUCCGGGUCUUCCUACAAUAUGAGUUCACCCACCUGGGCCUGGACCUGUACUUAGAGAGGCUUCGGCUCACCGAGAGUGACAAGCUGCAGGUGCAAAUUCAGGCGUACCUGGACAACGUUUUUGAUGUGGGCUCGCUGCUGGAGGACACGGAGACCAAGAACGCGGUGCUGGAGCACAUGGAUGAGCUCCAGGAGCAGGUUUCCCUGCUGACAGAGCGGCUUCGGGACGCGGAGAACGACUCCAUGGCCAAGAUUGCAGAGCUGGAAAAGCAGCUAAGUCAGGCCCGCAAAGAGUUGGAGACCCUGCGGGAGCGCUUCAGCGAGUCCACCGCCAUGGGCGCCUCCAGGCGUCCCCCCGAGCCCGAGAAAGUGCCUCCCGCCGCCUCGGCACGGCCCUCAGCCCUAGAGCUGAAGGUAGAGGAGAUGGAGGAGAAGGGGUUAAUCCGUAUCCUGCGGGGGCCGGGGGAUGCUGUCUCCAUCGAGAUCCUCCCCGUGGUCGCUGUGGCAACUCCGAAUGGCAGUGAUGCUCCAACUCCAGGAGUGCCCACCGGCUCCCUGAGCCCAGCGGCCCUAGGUUCAGAUCUCCCGUCUGCCGCAGAGGCAGAGCGGAGUCCAGAAGCAGCGCCGCUGCCGCCUCCACUGCCUGGCCUCCCCUCGGAGCAGGAAGCACCGCCCCUGGGAGACCUGCCUCCCCCACCGCCGCCGCCACCACCGCCACCGCCGCCACCUGGCACGGAUGGGCCUGUGCCUCCGCCGCCCCCACCACCUCCCGGAGGUCCCCCUAAUGCCCUUGGAGGGCCGGGCCCAGAGAUGGGCCCAGGAGUGAAAGCCAAGAAACCCAUCCAGACCAAGUUCCGGAUGCCACUCUUGAACUGGGUGGCCUUAAAACCCAGCCAGAUCACAGGCACAGUCUUCACAGAGCUCAAUGACGAGAAGGUGCUGCAGGAGCUGGACAUGAGUGACUUUGAAGAACAGUUCAAGACCAAGUCCCAAGGCCCUAGCCUGGACCUCAGUGCUCUCAAGGGGAAGACAGCCCAGAAGGCCCCUAGCAAAGCAACACUCAUCGAGGCCAACCGUGCCAAAAACCUGGCCAUCACCUUGCGCAAGGGCAACCUGGGGGCUGACCGUAUCUGCCAGUCCAUCGAGACGUAUGACCUGCAGGCUCUUGGCGUGGACUUCCUGGAGCUGUUGACCCGCUUCCUGCCCACGGACUAUGAGCGCAGCCUUAUAUCCCGCUUCGAGCAGGAGCAGCGGCCUAUGGAGGAGCUGUCGGAGGAGGAUCGCUUCAUGCUGCGCUUCAGCCGCAUCCCACGCCUACCCGAGCGCAUGGCCACGCUCACCUUUCUGGGCAACUUCCCGGACACGGCCCAGCUGCUCAUGCCGCAACUGAAUGCCAUCAUCGCAGCCUCAAUGUCCAUCAAGUCCUCUGACAAACUCCGCCAGAUCCUGGAGAUCGUCCUGGCCUUUGGUAACUACAUGAACAGCAGCAAGCGUGGUGCAGCCUAUGGUUUCCGGCUCCAGAGUCUGGAUGUGUUGUUAGAGAUGAAGUCGACUGACCGCAAGCAGACACUGCUGCACUACCUGGUGAAGGUCAUUGCUGAGAAGUACCCCCAGCUCACAGGCUUCCACAGCGAGCUGCACUUUCUGGACAAGGCAGGCUCAGUGUCCCUGGACAGUGUCCUGGGGGACGUACGCUCCCUGCAGCGAGGCCUGGAGUUGACGCAAAGGGAGUUUGUGCGGCAGGAUGACUGCCUGGUGCUCAAGGAGUUCCUGAGGGCCAACUCGCCCACUAUGGACAAGCUGCUGGCAGACAGCAAGACCGCUCAGGAGGCCUACGAGUCCGUGGUGGAGUACUUCGGAGAGAACCCCAAGACCACGUCCCCAUCCCUGUUCUUUUCUCUCUUUAGCCGCUUCGUCAAGGCCUACAAGAAAGCUGAGCAGGAGGUGGAACAGUGGAAGAAAGAAGCAGCUGCCCAGGAGGCAGGCUUGGACACCUCUGGCAGAGGGGAGCCCUCAGCACCCAAGUCCCCGCCCAAGGCCCGGCGACAACAGAUGGACCUUAUCUCUGAGCUGAAACGGAAGCAACAGAAGGAGCCACUCAUUUACGAGAGUGACCGUGAUGGGGCCAUCGAAGACAUCAUCACAGUGCUCAAGACGGUGCCCUUCACGGCCCGCACCGGCAAGCGGACAUCCCGGCUCCUCUGUGAGGCCAGUCUGGGAGAAGAGAUGCCCCUCUAGCCCCUCAGAUCUUCGGAACCAGCCCUACAUCCGCGCAGACACAGGCCGCAGAAGCGCUCGUCGGCGUCCUCCAGGACCCCCUCUGCAGGUCACCUCUGACCUCUCGCUGUAGCAACUAUUUUUGCAGGUGGAAUCUGCAGGGGUGUGGGACGGGGCAGGCUGGGACUCACGGAAGGUGGUCUUCUGCUCGGCAGGGCCGGGCAGCCCUGGGUAGCCCCCUCCUCCUCUGUCCACCGCCAUGGGCUAGCCUCAAAUGGGCUGGAGCAUCCUCCUUUCACCAUAGAGGGCACCAUCCCCAGCCCCUUCCUCCAAAUGCUGCUUGCAGCACCUCUGCCCUUGCCACUCCUCCUCCAAAUAGCCAUAAUUAGCCUCAGAAGGAGCCUGGCCUGUAACUUAUGAAGUGCACCUUCCCCCCCUCAACCCCCAGCCCGGAGGACCUGAGGCCUUUCCAUGGACCUUAUUUUUAUACAAGAAUAAUAAAGAUGUUUGCAAAA